GCCUUUCGGGGCUUGUAGUUUUCCUCUCAGGGGGCGCAACAGUCUCUUUGGCUUCUCGGCGGAGCAGCGACGCGAUCUUCCAUGGCAAGCCGGGAAGGCGCUGCCGCCAGUCCCGAAAAGGGCGCCGAAAAGGCCUCCAAGUCCUCGAGUUCAGAUUCUGAUGAGGAAGGGGGAGCUUCUGGCCAGACAGAAAUGGAUUUUUUGCGGAACCUCUUUUCCCGGACUCUGGGCUUCGGCAGUGGGAAGCCUGAGAAGGUGCUGGAGGAACUGACGCUGGAAGGCGUGACCAACUUCAUGCUCACUGAGAAAUGCAAGAAUAUAAUCUGUAUGGUCGGUGCAGGAAUCUCAACUAGUGCGGGGAUCCCUGAUUUCCGCUCACCUGGCACGGGGCUGUAUGCCAAUCUGCAGCAAUACAAUCUACCAUACCCCGAAGCCAUAUUUGAGAUCGGCUACUUCAAGCAAAACCCGGACCCAUUCUUCACCUUGGCUCGGGAGCUGUACCCAGGGCAGUUCAAGCCAACAGUCUGUCACUACUUCAUUCGCCUUUUGAAGGAAAAAGGGCUGCUGCUACGCUGCUACACUCAGAACAUCGACACCUUGGAGCGGGUGGCUGGUCUGGAUGCCGAACACUUAGUGGAAGCCCAUGGCACCUUUUAUACCUCCCAUUGCAUCAGCUCCACUUGCAGGACGUCCUACAGCCUGGAGUGGAUGAAAGAAAAAAUAUUUGCAUCUCUCACCCCCAGGUGUGAAAAAUGUCAGAGUGUAGUGAAGCCAGACAUUGUGUUUUUUGGGGAGAAUCUGCCCCCCCGUUUCUUCUCUCUCAUGCAGUCGGAUUUCCAGAAUGCGGACAUGCUUAUUAUCAUGGGAACCUCCCUACAGGUCCAGCCUUUCGCCUCUCUGGUCAGCAGGGUACCCGCAAACACUCCGCGUCUUCUGAUCAAUAAGGAGAAGACAGGCGAGAGUGAUCCUUUCAUGUCCCUGAUGGGCUUAAGCUGUGGGAUGGAUUUUGAUUCCGAGAAGGCAUACAGGGACGUCGCCUGGCUAGGAGACUGCGAUGAGGGCUGCCUGGCUUUGGCAGAGCUGUUGGGAUGGAAGAAAGAGCUGGAGGAACUGGUGAAAAAGGAACACGCUAUCAUUGAGGCCCAGUCAGGACAGACGGUGGGUGUCGGCGCAGGCACUGAUCAGCAACCAGUCAAAAAGCAAGAACAGAAUCCAUCUUCGGAGAAAGAAAAGCCAGCUGCAAAGAAAGAAGAAUGAAGAGAUCAGAGAAUCGAGGAACCCUAUUUUUCUAUUAUUAAAAAAAAAAACACCUCGACGUGAACGGGGGAUGCUUGAGGCCUUCUGUCUUCAUUUCCUUAAGGCGAGCUGACGGGGUUUCCAUCUUUAGCGGAGGAAAUUUUCUACAUAAUUUUGGGCGAGUUCCUGUCACCCCAAAUUGCUAUUGGGAGAAUAAGUGGAAGGAAGAUUCUUCUGGGAGUCAGUUUGCGCUGCCGGAGAAAAGGCAGGAUAUAAUUCUAACAAAUAAACUGAGCAAAGGGACUUAGCUGUCCGGGGUCAAAGAUUUGGGGGGCAGUCAUAGAGUUCAGGGCAAAGGUGGAAUCCAAAAUAGGUCUCACCCAAAGUCAUCUCGGGGGACUUUGGGCCCGAUG